CCAUAAGUCACGUGCAUGAUUAGGAUUUUUGUCAUUUGCUUAGAUUAAUCGUUUGGCGCCAUUAGCGUUGCGUAUGCUACAUUUUAUACAAAGCUGUCAAGACUAAUCGUUUGCAUUUUAAAGUCGACAAAAUACUAGUAAUAUGGCUGGUGGUAAAGCUGGUAAAGAUAGCGGAAAAGCAAAAGCUAAAGCCGUUUCCAGAUCAGCGCGUGCUGGUUUACAGUUUCCUGUUGGUCGAAUUCACAGACAUUUGAAAAAUAGAACUACAAGCCAUGGACGUGUUGGUGCAACUGCUGCUGUAUACUCUGCCGCUAUUUUAGAGUAUUUAACGGCCGAAGUAUUGGAAUUGGCAGGUAAUGCUAGUAAAGAUUUAAAAGUAAAGAGAAUAACUCCGCGUCACUUGCAAUUAGCUAUUAGAGGAGAUGAGGAAUUGGAUAGCUUGAUUAAAGCUACAAUUGCUGGUGGUGGUGUUAUCCCCCACAUUCACAAAUCCCUUAUCGGAAAGAAGGGUGCACAUUCUCAACCAGCUUAAGUUUGAAUUUUGUAUUUAAUACGCAUAUAUUAUAGUAAUAUCAAGACUUGGAAAAAUGUGUCGGAUGAUGUGUUUUAAUAUUAUUCGAUGCGUAUGUUACUGUAUGCAAGGCAAUGCAGAAAAGUACUAAAAAAAUUUUAAUAUUACGACUGAGAUUUUUUCAAAAAUCUACAGUCAUUUUGUUUUUUCUUUCCAUGUGUAACUAAUAUAAAGUUUCCGUUGAUGUGCCUUGUAAUUAAAUUUUUUUUCUCUUAUUUUAGCAUAUAGUUGAUUUUACAUUUAGAAUUUAAUGUAUUUUGUGUUCAUUUAAUAAAAUAAUUUCUUACAAAGAGA